AAAGAGCCAGCUUCGCUGAAGCUCGAGGUCGCAAGUUCGAUUCUCGACUAGGGUUUUUUUUUUUUUUCCUCUUCAUUGAACCUCCAUUUUCUUACCUUCCCAGCCGUUCUGUAUCUCCCGCCUGUUACCCUCGAUCUGCUGCUUCUCCUUAAACCCUAAACCCACGUUCCUUCGCCGUCGUCUUUCUUACCCUUUGUUUGGAGAGAUGGAGACGAAGAUGGAAAUUGAAUUCACUAAGAAGCCGUACAUCGAAGAUGUCGGUCCUCUUAAAAUAAAAAGCAUAAACUUCUCCAUCCUUUCUGAUCUUGAGGUCAUGAAAGCCGCUGAAGUUCAGGUGUGGAAGAGUAUGUACUACGAUUCCAAUUCUAAACCCAUCGAAAGCGGCUUGUUGGAUCCUCGAAUGGGUCCUCCGAACAAAAAGUCUACCUGCGCAACCUGUUACGGGAACUUCCAAAAUUGUCCAGGACACUUUGGAUAUCUGAAGCUUGACCUCCCUGUUUACCACCAAGGAUACCUCAACUUCACCCUUGAUGUUUUGAAGUGCAUUUGCAAGCGCUGUUCCAGCAUACUAAUUGACGAGAAGAUGAGUGAAGAACACUUGAAGAAGAUGCGGAAUCCAAAAAUGGAGCCAUUGAAGAAGACUGAACUGAUGAAAGCGGUUGUCAAGAAGUGCAGUACAAUGGCAAGCCAGAGACUUAUAACGUGCAAGAAAUGUGGUUACCAGAACGAUGCAAAAUUGAGUUCGUGGAACAUUCAAAUAGGCAUGGUAAAAAAGCUUGGGGCGCAGAUGGGUAUAGUAGGCAUCAGUCAUGACCGAUCUAAAACUCAUGGUGGAGAGCUUGAUGAAUUAAAAUCUGCAAUAGCUCACACAAAAGAGUCUACUGGAGCUAUAAAUCCUCUUACCUAUGUUCUUGAUCCUAACUUGGUGCUUGGACUUUUUAAAAGAAUGAGUGAUAAGGACUGUGAACUUCUAUAUAUAGCUCAAAGACCUGAGAAUAUUAUCACAUCGUGCAUGCCUGUGCCACCUUUAUCCAUCCGACCGUCUGUUAUGAUUGGUGGUACACAAAGCAAUGAAAACGACUUAACAGCGCGAUUAAAGGAAAUCAUUCAAGUCAAUGCUAGUCUUCGUAAUAUUUUAAAUCAACCUACCACAUCGCCUAAAAACAUGCAAGUGUGGGAUAACGUCCAAAGCGAGGUUGCGCAAUACAUUAAUAGUGAAGUCCGUGGUGUCCAGAACCAGCCAAACACCAAGCCACUGAGUGGAAUUCUUCAGCGUCUCAAAGGAAAAGUGGGACGUUUCCGUGCAAACUUGUCAGGGAAGCGUGUCGAGUACACUGGUAGAACUGUUAUUUCACCUGAUCCCAAUUUGAAAAUCACAGAGGUAGGAAUUCCUAUCCUUAUGGCCAAGAUCUUAACUUUUCCUGAAUGCGUUUCCCGUCAUAAUAUUGAGAAGUUGAGGCAAUGCGUCCGUAAUGGCCCUCAUAAAUACCCUGGUGCCAGAAAUGUCAGAUAUCCAGAUGGUUCUUCAAGGACUUUGGUUGGUGAUUAUCGCAAGCGUAUUGCUGAUGAGUUGACCAUUGGCUGCAUAGUUGACCGUCAUUUGGUAGAAGGGGAUGCUGUUCUUUUCAACAGACAACCGAGUCUGCAUCGGAUGUCUAUCAUGUGUCACAGGGCAAUAAUAAUGCCUUGGAGAACGUUGAGGUUCAACGAAUCGGUUUGUAACCCAUAUAAUGCUGAUUUUGAUGGUGAUGAGAUGAACAUGCACGUACCACAAACAGAGGAGGCUAGGACAGAGGCUAUUACAUUAAUGGGGGUACAAAACAAUUUAUGCACCCCAAAGAAUGGAGAAAUUUUGGUAGCAUCAACGCAGGAUUUCUUGACAUCUUCCUAUUUGAUAACGAGAAAAGACACAUUUUAUGACCGUGCGGCCUUUUCACAAAUAUGUUCUUACAUGGGAGAUGCCAUGGAUGCCAUAGAUUUGCCCACGCCUACAAUCCUUAAGCCAAUAGAGCUUUGGACUGGUAAGCAGGUUUUUAGUGUUUUGCUGCGUCCAAAUGCAAGUGUUAGAGUCUACGUAACUCUUAACGUGAAAGAGAAGAACUUCAAGAAGGGAAAGUAUGACGAAACAAUGUGCCUAAAUGAUGGAUGGGUUUAUUUUCGAAAUAGUGAGCUAAUAUCAGGACAACUGGGGAAGGCUACGUUAGGAAAUGGAAACAAGGAUGGAUUAUAUUCUAUUCUUCUAAGAGAUUACAGCUCUCAUGCUGCUGCAGUCUGCAUGAAUCGGCUAGCAAAAUUGAGUGCUCGGUGGAUUGGAAUCCAUGGCUUCUCCAUUGGAAUUGAUGACGUUCAACCUGGAGAAGAGUUGAGAAACAGAAAAGAAGAUAUAAUCAGGGAGGGAUAUGAGGGAUGUGUUUCGAAAAUUGAGAAUUUUAAUAAUGGAGCACAGAAACUGAAAGCUGGUCUAGAUACUGCAAAGUCAUUGGAAGCUGAAAUAACAGGGAUUCUCAAUGGUAUUCGAGAAGACACUGGGAAGCUCUGUAUGAACGGAUUACAUUGGAGAAACAGUCCCUUGAUCAUGUCACAAUGUGGUUCCAAGGGAUCUCCUAUCAACAUCAGUCAGAUGGUUGCAUGUGUUGGUCAGCAGACAGUUAAUGGUCACCGUGCUCCUGAUGGAUUUAUAGAUCGAAGUCUUCCUCAUUUUCCUAGGAUGUCCAAAACACCUGAAGCUAAAGGUUUUGUUGCUAAUUCGUUCUAUAGCGGCCUUUCUGCCACAGAAUUCUUCUUUCACACUAUGGGUGGACGAGAAGGUCUAGUUGAUACAGCGGUGAAAACUGCCAGCACGGGUUACAUGUCUCGUAGGCUGAUGAAAGCCUUGGAGGAUCUAGUAGUCCAUUAUGAUAGCACAGUGAGAAAUGCUAGCGGAUGCAUACUUCAAUUUACUUAUGGAGAUGAUGGUAUGGACCCAGCACUGAUGGAGGGAAAGAAUGGAGCGCCUUUAAAUUUUGAUAGAUUAUUUUUGAAGAUUCAGGCCACUUGUCCUCCUAGACCACGCCACAGAUUUCUUUCUUCAGAAGAAUUGUCACAAAAGUUCGAAGACGAAUUAGUCAGACAAGAUAGUAGUCGGGUUUGCACUGAGGCUUUUGUGAAAUCUCUCCGAAAUUUUGUUUCUGGGCUUGGAACAAGGUCUGCAAGCCCGAGCCAGCUUUUCUAUAAAGCAUCUGAUGUGACUGAUAAGCAACUCGAGGUGUUUGUAAAUAAUUGUGUAUUUCGCUACCGGCAAAAAACAAUUGAAGCCGGGACUGCGAUUGGAACAAUAGGAGCUCAGAGUAUUGGAGAACCUGGGACACAAAUGACUCUGAAAACUUUUCACUUUGCUGGAGUUGCGAGCAUGAAUAUCACACAGGGAGUCCCUCGAAUCAAUGAAAUCAUAAAUGCUUCCAAAAAUAUAAGCACACCUGUCAUCGCUGCAGACCUUGAGAACCCCCUGGAAUUGACUAGUGCACGAUGGGUGAAAGGACGCAUCGAGAAAACCACUUUAGGACAGGUUGCUGAUAGUAUCGAGGUGCUAAUGACUUCAACAUCAGCGUCAGUGAGAAUAAUCCUUGACAAUAAAAGAAUCGAGGAGGCAUGUUUGUCUAUAAGCCCCUGGUCUGUUAAAAAAUCCAUCCUAAAGACUCCCAGGAUCAAACUGACGGAUGAUAAUAUCAAGGUUUUAGAUACAGGAUUGGAUAUUACUCCCGUGGGGGAUAACAAUGGGACUCAUUUUGCUCUCCACAAUCUGAAGAAUGUGCUGCCAAAUAUUAUAGUGAAUGGGAUCAAAACAGUUGAGCGAGUUGUUAUCGCAGAGGAUACAGAUAAAAAGAAAGAGAGAGAUGGGAAGAAAAAGUGGAAACUGUUUGUGGAGGGAACAAACCUCCUGGACGUUAUGGGGACUCCGGGAAUCAAUGGGAGAACUACUACAAGUAACAACGUUAUCGAAGUGAGCAAAACACUGGGGAUUGAGGCUGCGAGGACGACAAUUAUUGAUGAAAUAGGGUCAGUUAUGGGAAACCAUGGCAUGAGUAUAGACAUUCGUCACAUGAUGCUUUUGGCUGAUGUCAUGACUUACCGGGGGGAGGUUCUCGGGAUACAAAGAACCGGGAUUCAGAAGAUGGACAAAAGUGUGCUGAUGCAGGCAUCUUUCGAGAGGACUGGAGAUCAUUUAUUUAGUGCAGCAAUUAGUGGUAAGGUUGAUAACAUAGAGGGAGUUACAGAAUGUGUGAUUAUGGGCAUACCAAUGAAGCUCGGAACCGGAAUCCUCAAAGUCCUCCAAAGGACCGAUGAUCUACCCAAGUUGAAAUAUGGUGCUGAUCCAAUCAUCUCUUGAAAAGACAGAACCAAAAAUUUCAUAGUAGUCGAAUAUAUAGAUUACAAACAAGCAAUGCAAAGAUCAGAGCAGAUGAAACCAAUUCUCGGGUUCUAAUUCAACCACCCAAAUUUGCAUAUAGGAUUCAAACACUGCUUCUGUUUUUCUUUUUGGUCUACAAUGUGGGAAAAUUUGGUUGUUUGCCCUGAGUUUCUUUUCUUCUUUCUGGUCUGAAACAUUGUUUGAAACAAAAAAAAAAAAAAAUCCUUCAGGCACUUUCUUUUGAAUAAUCUUUGCGUCUCAUUGAAAGUCACAAAAAGUAACACUUUACCAAAAAAAAGAAAGAAAGAACAUCUGACAUUUAUAACAGUCGAGCAAUCUUAUUCUAUAUUUGGGUUAGUCAUAGAGUGUAAUCUGCAGCUGUGACGCAUCUGGCUCUGUCAAGACCUGUCUUAUGAAAGCUCUUCUCCACCACACCUCAAAAGCUCGUUGGACAUUUGGACAAUCAUCGCCUUUGCUCAGAAACCGAUCAAACCAUUUCAUCAGAAUCACCUGUUGUUGCCUCAACGACAAGGUCAGUAUGGUCUGGCUGAGUCCAUCCUCCACCAGUUUCCUAUCCAGAGACCUCGAGGAUAACCGUCUCAUCCACCCGAAAUCAUCAUACAAAGCCUCUAACCACGUGUUCAAAACCGCAAACCUAGUCUCCCGGUUCACCAAGAUCCUUCCCCUACCAAUACCAACACAUAUCUGCGCUGUGAUCUUGCUUAUCUCGUGUCUGUACAUGGUCGGUAUCUUGGAGUGGAGAUUCGCUAGCUCCUUUUGAUCCGCCCAUAGCUUCACAAACUCGUCGCACAUUUUCUUCUCGAUCAGUAUAUCUACCAUCCAAAGCAUGUUAUCAGCUUCUCUGGCGAUCUCUCCCAUCAGAGCACCACGGUCUUUCCCGGGAUCAUUCAUCUGUGUGGUCACUUCGGACAAGCAGAGGACAAGAGAGGUGAGGCAUCGAUGGCACAAACCGUAGAGCGUCUCUUUAGAGACUUCAUGAUCAGCUUCUUCCCUGAGCAACUUAAAGAUCAAAACUUUCAUCUCUCGCCGUGCUUUAUCGUCUUUGGCUUGUAGAACACCAGUGAGUAGCUUCAAGAAGAUAUCAUCGGUUCUGUUUCUCGUCGAGGAAGUCGAAGGUUCAGACGAAAGUCUCUGGAGAAUCAAAGUGACUGAAUCAUCAGGAAGAUGAAGCUCUUCAAGACAAGAUACAACAAUCUCUUCUUCAUCUUCUGACCAAGGAACAGCUUCCAAAUGCUCCAAACAUGACAUUACUCCUUCAUCAAACGAUAUAGCUGCAGAAACCUUGAGUAAAGCCAAGAUUUUGAUGACAUUUUCACCGAUCAAUUUCUUCUUGAGAUCAUCGCAAUACAUCAAAACCACAGUCUCUACAUAGAUCUCAACAUCAUCACACUCGCUUAUCUCCACUAUGUGAGAAACUCCUUUCUCUCUUCUGGAAUUCAUCUUCACCAUGAAAAACCUGCUCUUCUCCGAUAAAACCUUCCUGUGAACAUCCAUGGUGACUCUGUAACCGUCUUUUCCCACCACACUCAGCUUAACGUCGCUGGGACCGAGGCUGUGGCCGUAAACGACGCCGUUCUUGAACUCCGUCAGGAUCUGAGCCACGCGCGCGUGGGAUUUCCUCCGUGGCUCGCGGUUGUGCUCUUCUGACAUCAUGUGGUAAAGAGUCGGGUUCGAGUGACUCGUUUCGUUUGGCGGCGGCGGCGGAGGAGGCGGUGGGGACGGUAGGGGAGGAGAAGAGGCGGAUGAGUGUUUGGUCGGCGAUGUGAUUCUUGACGGUGAGAAAGAGAGAGAAGGAUCUGCGAUAAACCCUUGUUUGAUCAUCGUUGCUACUUCUCUGGACGCCAUUGAAACAAGUAAAUUCUCAAACUUUCUCGAGAAAAAAAGAAAUGUGAAAUUUGUGAUUCCCGGGAAAAAGUACCAAGAGACUUUCCGCGGGAAAAGUAGCAAAGUGUUUGUGCAAAAUCUCAAAGUUGAGAGACAAAACAAACAAGAAGAGGAGAUAACUGAGAAAACAAAAAAUCCUCGAUUAAGAACAGACAAGCAAAUCCUGGAAAUUUGUUUUCUUGGGAAAAUAAAAGAGUAAACAAAGGAGCAGAUUUCUCCACAAGAAGAUGAAAUCGAAGAAUCAGAAUCCAAGAAAAUGAGAGGACUUUGGAUCUAGAGAAUAGAAAAAAUACAAAAUACAACAGCAAUGGCGAGUGAGAGAAAAAUGAUUAAGAAAAAGUUACUUGUUUUAUGUCUCUUUUACAGAUAGAUAGAUCAUUGCCUCCUCCAUGUGCCCUCCUCUUUAUCUCAAAAAUAUACACACAUUUUAUACAUCCACUAUAUGAUAUACACUGAGUUUAUG